AUGGCGCCCAGCUCGAAAUCGGAGCGGGGUGGCCCGGGGGGGAAGCGGGGCCCGGCUGGAGCGGGGGGCGGAUCCUCCUCCGGGGGGGUCCGGGGCCGCCGGGAGCACGUGGUGCGGCAGCUCGACCGGGUCAAGAUCAGCGGGCAGCUUUCUCCACGCCUCUUCCGCAAGCUGCCCCCAAGGGUGUGCGUUUCCCUGAAGAAUAUUGUGGACGAAGAUUUCUUGUGUGCAGGACACAUCUUCCUCGGCUUCUCCAAGUGCGGGAGGUACGUCUUGUCCUAUACCAGCAACAGCGGCGACGACGACUUCUCCUUCUACAUCUACCACCUCUAUUGGUGGGAAUUCAACGUGCACAGCAAGCUGAAGCUGGUACGACAGGUUCGCUUGUUUCAAGAUGAAGAAAUCUAUAGUGACCUUUACCUGACUGUGUGUGAAUGGCCCAGUGACUCCUCCAAGGUCAUCGUCUUUGGCUUCAACACACGCUCUGCAAACGGCCUGCUGAUGAACAUGAUGAUGAUGAGUGAUGAAAACCAUCGGGAUAUUUACAUCAGCAUGGUGGCCAUGCCCCCACUCAUGUACUGCCCUGGCUGCAGGGAUAUGGCCCUCGCACAUCCAGGGGACCCAAACGCCCACUGUCUGCAGCAUGGCUUCAUGCUGCACACAAAGUACCAGGUGGUCUAUCCUUUCCCCACAUUCCAGCCAGCCUUCCAGCUCAAGAAGGACCAGGUGGUGCUGCUCAACACCAGCUACUCCCUCGUAGCAUGUGCUGUUUCCGUACACACCGCAGAGGACAGCAACUUCUGCCAAAUCCUCUACGACAGACGGAACCAGCCCCAGUCGCCCCACGCGGGGGCUUGUGAUGCUGCAGGGGCCACGCCGGGCCCAGCGGCUGCGGAGGAACGGAUGGAAAGAGAUGGCUGCCCUUGCCGAAUGGCUGCCACACCAUCGCCCGUCAGCAGAGCUUCCCAGGGCCCGGAAAGCCCUGUCAAACCCAUGGAGCUGUCGCCAGCCGUGGCCAAGGCGAAAGAGUUUGUGGCCGAUAUUUUCCGACGGGCCAAAGAGGCGAAAGGCCCGGCCCCCGCGGAAGAGGAGGAGGCAAAGCCGUGCUCGGGGCCCUCCGGGAGUUACUGCCGCCUGCAUCAUGGCCUCUCGUCUCCCAGGGGAGACCGAACUCCAGAAGGGGAUCAGCCCCCGAAAGAUUCUCCCCUUGCUGGACCGGAGAUGGAGAGCCAGCCGGCUGAGCCCGGCUACGUCAACUACACCAAGCUGCGCUAUGUUCUGGAGCCCAGCGACCUGUCGGAGCCGGAGGACGAGUACGAGGAUGACAAGAUCUCGCUGCCGUUUGUCGUAACUGACCUGAGAGGGCGAAACCUCAAGCCGCUGAAGGAGAGAGCCAUAUUCCAGGGCCAGUACCUGACUGUGGAGCAGCUGACUCUGGAUUUUGAGUACGUCAUUAAUGAGGUGAUCCGGAACGACGCCUCCUGGUCCAGGCAGUUCUGCUCCUUCAGCGACUACGACAUCGUCAUCUUAGAGGUGUGUCCAGAAACCAACCAAGUCAUCAUCAAUAUCGGAUUAUUGCUCUUGGCCUUCCCAGCUCCUGACGAAGAGGGCCAGCUUAGACCAAAGACCUAUCACACCAGCCUGAAAGUCGCCUGGAAUCUGAACACUGGCACCUUCAUCACCGUCAGCGUGGGAGACCUCACAGAAGUCAAGGGGCAGACCAGCGGCAGCGUCUGGAGCUCCUACCGGAAGAGCUGCGUGGACAUGGUGAUGAAGUGGCUGGUGCCGGAGAGCAGCGGGCGAUACGUCAACAGAAUGACGAACGAGGCACUUCAUAAAGGCUGCUCCUUGAAGGUCCUAGCAGACAACGAGCGCUACACCUGGAUCGUCUUGUGACGCGGAGGCGAGCCUGGUUUGGUUCCUGCCGUACUGUACGUCGGAUUUAACUACCUCCUCCUGUUUGAGUUUCGUUGGGUUUUAAUUUCUCUUCAUCCUUUUUUUUAAUUAGAGUAACUCGUGCUUUUGCUGAAAGUGGAUGUAAGUAGGAGUAUCCCUAGGGGAGGGGGAAUGCCUGUCAUCCCAGGGCCCAGCCCAGUGUCUCCUCUGGGGUUGGACCGUGACGCUCUUGCCUCUGCCGGCGGCGUUUCCUGUGGUGCACGUGCUCAGUUGGGGCUAGCGGGAUGCUGUGGGAGGGGACCUGACCCUCGUCACCGUGAUCUGCGGUGACUUAGCAGUAACAUGCCCUGGCUCCACCCUUUCUGAACAGGGCAGCCUCUUCCUCCGGCUCGGGACACCACUUUAACCAUCUCCCUGCUUUCUGGAGACGGUGAAUUCUUCUAAUACUGCCCCGGCCACGUGCUGCCAAAGCCGUCAGCAGCACGCCUGGCCCCUGGGGAGAAGGCCCCGCACAGCCCCUCUCCCGGGACCGUUCAGGUGUCAUUGAGGGGGCGAGAGGGCAGCAUUCCAGCUUCCCCCGGGCGUAGCAUGAUCCUGUGGCAGAACAAAUCUCCCGCCCUCCAGGGGGCCAGAUGGCCCGGUUCUGUUCGAUGUAUAUUUAAGUGUCAUUCUCUGUUCAGUGUUUAAGGCACUUUUUCCAGUGGAGGAGGUUUUUCCUUUGAGUCCAGAUAACACACCUCUCCCCCGCCCACACACUUUGUGGAUCAUUCCACAGUUCCUGGCCCCACUGUUAAUCAUUUAGUUUCUCCUCAAAUGGGCUUUUGUUUCCCUGUAAUAAACAUUUUAAUUU